GUGAGUCUAGGCGGCCUUUCCAAAUCUCAAGGGCGGCAUGGAAACCAAAAAACUACCGGAACGUUUUUUUAGAAAAAAAGCAGAAGCAUUCAACCGUAAAAUCAAGCAUGCAAAGCAAAGUGUUGCACAGGUAGCCGCACUAGCUAGUGUUCUACCAGGUUAUGUCGAAAAGGAUGAUGAUGAGAAGAUUACGCAGGAUGAUAUUUUAAAGGAAGUAGACAUUGGAUCUGCGACUAAGCGUUUCGACAUUAAACUGCAAUAUGGACCGUAUGCACUCGAUUAUUCACGAAACGGGAGGUUCUUAGCACUGUGCGGAAAGUCAGGCCAUAUUGCGGCAUUUGACUGGAUGAUAAAAAGACCAUUAUUUGAAAUUAAUGUUGCCAAUAAGUGCAAGGAUGUUAAGUUCCUUCACCAGGAAACAUUUAUUGCUGUAGCAGAGGAAAACUAUGUCACACUGUAUGACAACCAAGGUUUGGAAGUACAUUGUUUGAAGAAGCUGAAUGGAAUUUUGAGGAUGGAAUUCCUACCGUACCACUUUCUCCUUGUUUCCUCUUCUGAUAAUGGAUUUCUCUAUUACUUAGACUGUUCUGUUGGUUCAGUAGUGGCCUCGAUACCUACGUACAUGGGUCGCCUUGGUGUAAUGUGCCAAAAUCCUUCCAAUGGUGUUAUUUGCACUGGACACAACGACGGGGUUGUAUCAAUGUGGAUUCCCUCUGAGAAGUCAUAUGUUGUCAAAGUGCUCACACACCCCACAGCCAUCACAUCAAUUGCAUGCGACCGAACUGGGAGCUAUUUGGCUACCUGUGGAGUUGACCGAAAGCUAAAGAUAUGGGACCUAAGAUCUACUUAUGACCCUCUUUCUGAAAUCCUUUUACCCGUGUCUGCUUCGACAAUUGAUUUUAGCCAACGGGGCUUAUUGGCAUUGGGUGCGGCCAAUACUGUUCAGGUGUUACGUGACCCCCAUUCAACCCCACCUACCAAGGUAUCGAAGGUUUUUGAAGAUAUUUUACCCAACGUUAAUCGACGUGUACUUUCUAGCGCUUACCUUUCUCACUAUGCUGUUCAUCCAGUUCAUCGUGUACGCUUUUGUCCCUAUGAAGAUGUACUGGCGAUAGGUAGCUCCACAGGAAUUUCUUCGAUCCUCUGCCCUGGUAGCGCUGAACCCAAUUAUGAUGCUUUGGAAGAAAAUCCUUUCGCGAACAAACGUUACAGACAGGAAAGGGAAGUUAAAAGACUUCUCGAUAAGAUUCCAUAUACAAUGAUUUCUCUGAAAUCAAUUGUUGGGGAAGUUCGCAGGGAGGAUAUUUUAGAGGAAUGGGAAAAGAAGAAGGCUGCAUUACUAGGACAAACUCAAAAAGUAGAUACUCCUGUUGUUAAGCGCAACAAGGGGAAAGGUAGAUCAAAACCCGGGCGCAUUGAAGCAAAGAAGCAGAACAUUCGUUUCGAGCGCAAGAUGUUUACCAUCAAAGAAGUUCUUGGUGUACGAGAAGCAGAGGAAAAGUUGAAACGAAAGUCUUCUGCCAAGAAAAACUAUGUGGAAACCUUAUGCAGACCAAGUGAAGCCUUAGUAACCAAGAAAAAGUUGGCUAAAAAGCGUCUAAAAUCUGUUCUUGAUGUACUGAUACCGCCAAAAGAGUUUUGAUCGUUUUCAGUCAUAUCAAUUUGCCCUACCACAGUUCGCAGUUCAUCUGUUUUCAAGUGUAACUUAAUUUUCUGUGGUUCGUAAUCCACCCAGUGUUUCUUCUAUCAGGAUAGAAAUGAAUUUUAAAUAAAUACUGAACAUUAAGUUGACCUUUCAGUGCUUGACAGUUUUAUUACUGUGAUUAAAUGAAGCAAUAAUGUACAGAUUGUAUUCACUAAAAAUGGAAAAUAAAAAUUAUUAUUAUUAAUAAUUUCUGUACAGUAUGUGCAGACCGCUCUUACAACCUGCUUUUUAUACAACGUGGCUGACUGACAAGUCAACGC